CCGCACCCACCAAAACAAAGUCCCCACCCGCGGCUCCGGAGAGGGUGGGGUGAAGGCUGGAGGUGGUUGGGAACAGGGAAUUCCCGCCCCUCCCCCCCCGCACACCGUGGUGCGGUCCCGGAUCGCGGGGCGGCGCGCAGUGGCCGUGCGCAGCAGCGAGCACAGCAUGGAGCCGCACCGGUGGCUACCGCUGGAAGCCAACCCCGACGUCACCAACCAGGUGAGGACCCCCCGCCCGCUGCUGCAGUUUCUCAAACAGUUAGGAAUACAUCCUGACUGGCAGUUUGUAGACGUGUAUGGUAUGGAGCCAGAACUUCUUAGCAUGGUGCCAAGACCGGUCUGUGCAGUAUUACUUCUCUUCCCAAUAACAGAAAAGUAUGAAACUUUCAGAACAGAAGAAGAAGAGAGAAUAAAAACUGAGGGGCAAGAUGUGAAAUCAUCAGUAUACUUCAUGAAGCAGACCAUCAGCAAUGCUUGUGGAACAAUUGGGCUUAUUCAUGCUAUUGCAAACAACAAAGAUAAAAUGAACUUUGAAUCUGAUUCUUCAUUGAAAAAGUUUCUGGAAGAUUCAUUAUUAAUGACUCCUGAAGAGAGAGCCAAAUAUCUAGAAACCUAUGAGGCUAUUCGUGUCACUCAUGAAUCCAGUGCCCAUGAAGGUCAGACUGAGGCACCAAGUUUAGAUGAAAAAGUAGAUCUUCACUUUAUUGCAUUAGUGAAUGUAGGCGAUCAUCUUUAUGAAUUGGAUGGACGCAAACCAUUUCCAAUAAACCAUGGGCAGACAAGUGAUGACAACUUUUUAGAGGAUGCAGUAGAAGUUUGCAAGAAGUUCAUGGAACGAGAUCCAGAAGAAUUAAGGUUUAACGCAAUUGCUCUGUCUGCAGCUUAAAUUAUCGUAAUUGGAAAAACUUGUCAUUAAUGUAUUGUAAGAAAAUAACUCUUGCCAUAUGUUAAUAAUACAAAUUUUGAUACUUUCCUAACAUGUUGACAAACUGUACUACAUGUGGAAUAAACUUUGAAUUUAUCCUU